UUCCUCCAGGUCCGGGCAUGGGUGCCCCAUUGGUGACGGUUGCCAUUGUGGCUCGGACCGUGGCCCAACUGUGGGGGAAGCCUUUGCUUGGGGUGAAUCACUGUGUGGGGCACAUCGAGAUGGGGCGGUUAGUGACUGGCGCCCAGAACCCAACGGUCUUGUACGUCAGUGGUGGAAAUACGCAGGUCAUUGCCUACUCUGAGCGCCGAUACCGGAUCUUUGGGGAGACCAUUGACAUUGCCGUGGGGAACUGCCUGGAUCGUUUUGCACGGGUGCUGAAGAUCUCAAAUGAUCCGAGCCCAGGGUACAACAUUGAACAGAUGGCCAAGAAGGGUCAAAGGCUGGUUGAACUUCCAUAUACGGUGAAAGGCAUGGAUGUCUCUUUCUCCGGAAUCUUAUCCCACAUUGAGGAAGUCGCCCACAGAAUGCUAGCUGCUGGGGAAUGUACUCCUGAGGACCUCUGUUUCUCCUUGCAGGAAACUGUCUUUGCAAUGCUUGUGGAGAUCACAGAACGGGCCAUGGCGCAUGGCGGCUCCCACGAGGCGCUCAUUGUGGGCGGUGUCGGCUGUAAUGAACGCCUCCAGGAGAUGAUGGGGAUUAUGUGUCGGGAAAGAGGAGCCAAGCUAUUUGCGACCGAUGAAAGGUUUUGUAUUGACAACGGAGCCAUGAUUGCGCAAGCCGGCUGGGAGAUGUUCCAGUCCGGGCAAGUCACUGCUCUUGAGGAUUCCUGGAUUACGCAGAGGUAUCGUACAGAUGAAGUGGAAGUGACGUGGCGAGAUUAACUCCUUCCGCCAAAGCCACCGUGUCUUGGACUGGAAGAUGAACUGCAGGGGACAAUCUGAGCUAUCGGAAUUCAAGUGAACUUUAAACAGGAAACAAAUUCAACCUGGAAUUAAAUGCUUUGGUUUUGAAGAAG